UUUAUUUCAUUUUUAUUUCAAUAUGCAACGAUCCAACCUCUUUAACACUGACACUUGCUUUGUUUACAUUCCUCAUUCGAGGAAAAACAAUAACCAGAAGCGGCUUUUUGCGGAAAAUUCCCCCCAGCAUUUACAAUGGAAGUGGAAACAACAAAACCCUGCUUCAAAAGCAAAGAUCUCUCCGAGGUGAAUCCCAUGGGAAAGAAGCGACAGUGGAAAUCGUUGAAGCAAAUUUUGGCCCACGAGAAAACCCUGCCGUGGAAGGAGUCGGACAUUACUUAUUCAUCAGUAAACGCUCCACCUUCGCUAAAGCCGGCGAAAAAGUAUUCCGACAUUUCCGGCCUGAUUGCACCGUACACGGAUCCACACUCGAAGCUGCGGUACCACAACGUAGAGGAGUACCAAACCAUCCGCACCUUUCCGAUGGACCUUACCGCCGGCUACUUGGCGCUGCGUGGUGCUACGAGUAUUGUGUAAUAGCGCUAGCGAACAGUCUUUAUUAAGUAUUAAAUCUUCCUUUAUUUUCGAAGAUCCAAAUUCGACAAUCUUACAAACCUAA